CCACUCCAGUAUUCUGGCCUGGAGAGAAUUCCAUGGACUGUAUAGUUUCAUGGGGUCGCAAUGAGUUGGACUCAAAUGAGCAACUUUCACUUCAGCCCUUAAGACAGGUCCCUUACAUAGCAGUGGUGGUCACUGUGGGGCUUCGGUGAGCAAAUGAAGGUUGAACCCAGUGUGAACAGAGAACUGUGAGAAGCUAAAUUAGGACUAGGGUGCGGGUGUGGAGCUUAUAAGGAGGGUUUCCCUCUGGAGGUGAGCAGUGUCAGGAAUGGAAUAGAGGGUGUAUGCAAGGGCUCCGGUAGCAAAAUGCCAUAGCCUGGAGGGCCUGAACAACAGACAUAUAUUUUCCUCACAGUCCUGGGAGCUAGAAGUCCAAGAUAAGGUGUCAGCAGGUUUGUUUGCUCCCAAGGCUGCUCUUCUUGGCUCCCAGCCGCAAACCUUCUGGCCAUGCCUUCUGGUGAUCUUGCCUCUGUGCACAGCAUCCCUGGUGUAUAUGUCCAGCUUUCCUCUUUUUCUAUAAGAACAGCAAUCAGAUUGGAUUAGGAUCUACCUUAACUACCAUUUUAACUUAAUUACCUCCUAAGGCCCAAUCUCCAAAUAUAGUCUUCAACAUAUGGAUUUGGAAGGAAACACAAUUCAGCCCACAAAAGAAUUUAUUGGAUGGACAGAGAGGGAAGUAUUCUCCAACAGAAGUGACAGGUUGCCCAGGUUUAAAAGCUGGAUACUCGAGGUCUCCUGGAUGGUGGAGCAUGGACCCAGUUGCCGCCCACAGCUGCCACCUUCUCCAGCAGCUGCACGAGCAGCGGAUUCAAGGCCUGCUCUGCGACUGUAUGUUGGUGGUGAAAGGAGUCUGCUUUAAAGCCCAUAAGAACGUUCUAGCAGCUUUCAGCCAGUACUUUAGGAGCCUCUUUCAGAACUCUUCAGGCCAGAAGAAUGAUGUUUUUCAUUUGGAUAUUAAGAACGUGAGUGGCAUCGGGCAGAUCCUGGACUUCAUGUACACGUCGCAUCUGGAUCUUAACCAGGACAACAUACAAGUCAUGCUGGACACGGCCCAGUGUUUGCAGGUUCAGAAUGUCCUCAAUCUGUGUCACACCUUUUUGAAGUCAGCCACCGUUGACCAGCCUCCAGGCCUGCCCUGUCAUGGCACCUUUUCCCUGCAGAGCACCCUGACUCCCGACACGAACUGUGUCCUCAGUGAAAACUACCCACCUCACUUGCUGCCGGAGUGCUCCGCGGGCACCCAGCAGGGUAGGGCCAUGGACGGGUCACUCUCGCACGCCCCACCCUCAGUCGGCCUUCAUCCGCCCACGGCCGAAACCUCCAAACAAGCCCCCGACCCGUUCGAUGGCAGCUGCACAGAACUGCCUUUCAAACAGCCCAAUUGUUACUAUAAGCUCAGAAACUUGUACAGUAAGCAGUACUAUAAACAUGCCAGCUGUCCCAGUCAUGAGCGAGUGACCGAGCAGCCUUUCACCUUCAGCGCCUCCACAGACCUUCACGCCGCGGAUCGCCAGCCCUAUGCGAUCGGCCACGCCGAGUGUGUCCUGGAGUCCUCCCAGCACCUGCCUUCCAACUUCCUGACCCAGCCUUUGGGUGAAAAUGCCCCAGACCCCGUGUCCGACCACGCCGGCCAACAGCCUACCCGGCAGAUGAGGCUCAAGAAGGCCAUUCACCUUAAGAAGCUCAACUUCCUAAAGUCACAGAAAUCUGCAGAGCAAACCUCUGAACCAAAACCUGAUGACAGUUUAACCACGAGUCUAGAAGCUGCCCAGGAACACAGUGUGGAGAAAGUGAACAGCCCCAGCGCCGAAGAAAAGGAAAGCGAGGAACUCAGCAGUUCUGAGAACUUUAAUGGUGUGAGUGAGACAGAGAGGCUCGAAGACUCCGCGGCCCUGGAAGACCAGACCCAAUUGCCACAGUCCCAGAGACAGUACGCGUGCGAAUUGUGUGGGAAACCUUUUAAACACCCCAGCAAUUUGGAGCUGCACAGACGGUCUCAUACAGGUGAGAAACCUUUUGAAUGUAACAUUUGUGGGAAACACUUCUCUCAGGCGGGUAACUUGCAGACUCACUUACGUCGGCAUUCUGGGGAGAAGCCAUACAUCUGCGAGAUCUGCGGGAAGAGGUUUGCAGCCUCGGGAGAUGUCCAGCGUCACAUUAUCAUCCACUCAGGAGAAAAGCCACACUUGUGUGACAUCUGUGGUCGAGGGUUCAGUAACUUCAGUAAUUUGAAGGAGCACAAAAAGACGCACACGGCUGACAAAGUCUUCACCUGCGAUGAGUGCGGGAAGUCUUUUAACAUGCAGAGGAAGUUGGUAAAGCACAGAAUCCGGCACACGGGCGAGCGGCCUUACAGCUGCUCUGCCUGUGGGAAGUGUUUCGGAGGGUCGGGCGACCUCCGCAGGCACGUGCGCACGCACACCGGGGAGAAGCCGUACACAUGCGACGUGUGCAACAAGUGCUUCACACGCUCGGCCGUGCUGCGGCGGCACAAGAAGACGCACUGCCGGGUGAGCGACGAGGGGCCGGACGCCCUGGAGGCGCUCACGCGGGCCAUCGAAGCCCCGGACCUGGAGCGGUCCCAGAGCUCCGACUCCUUCUCCCAGGACGUGUCCGUGCCUCUGAUGCCCGCCGUGACCGUCAAAAUCCCCGCGCACCCGGUGGAUGAGGACUCGGUGGCGGGGUUUGACAGCCCCUGUAAGUUCCAGCCGGUGGCUCAGCCCCAGCACGGGCCGAUUGAGUCCGAGAAGCUCAGCCUGGAGCCGGUGAAGCUGGCCAAGCCCCCGCACGUGCCGCCGGCGCAGCACCAGGCCUACGGCUACCCAGACAUGGAUGCCACAGCCGGCGCUGAGCCGCUGCAGGCCGACGGCGUGGCCGCCCUGCGAUCAUCCCUGGCGGCCCUGGACCACCCCCCCUGCACCGACCCCCUAGGCAGCCGCGCCGCUGCCCCCGCCUACAGGAACUCGGAGGGCCAGUUCUUCUCCAGCAUGACCCUCUGGGGAUUGGCGAUGAAGACGCUGCAGAACGAAAGCGAGCUAGACCAAUGACGCCCCUGUCGGGUCUCACUCAGCGUCGGAGGCCGGGGCCGGGCUUCGGGGCAGGAUGCCUUCUCACUAGCUCCAGACAGAGCCCGAUCCUGACCUGGAGGGGCUGAGCGCCCCAGCACCUUGAGCUCAGCCUGCAGAAGAAAGCCUCCUGGCCCCUCGUGGAGGUUCACGUGGGACUGAACAAGGCUCUUGGACCGGGUGGUAUGGACUGCGGGGAACUCCUACACAUUUUGGUCAUGGUAAAGGGAAAUACACAUCUAUAAUAAUCCAGAUAUUAUUUUUGCAUUUUUACAUGGUUGAAAUUUGUAGCAUUUUGUAUUUUUAUUUACAAAAAAGGUUUUAUUUGUAUAGGGAACUCAUACAGUAAUUUAAUUUUAAUAAAUGGAAGUUGCCUUUCUGCAUA